UCCUCCGCAGGGCUUCAGGUGACAUCACAUCCUCCGAACGCGAAAUCAGCUCAUCGGCCGGCCGAAGGGCGCAGCUUCCCCCGUCAGCGUCGAGCGGGGAGCGCGCCAUGUCCUCGCCCGUGACCUCCCUGCUUCUGCCGCUGGCCCUGCUGCUCGAUGCCGCCGUGGUCCUCGAGUCGUUCUCGUUCCGGAUGUCACCGCCGAAGAUGCAGGCUCACCUGGGCGAAAAGGUGAACCUGCACUGCGAGGUGCUGCAGUCCAGCAUGUCGUCCGGCUGCUCCUGGCUCUACCAGAAGCCCGAGGCCGCCUCCAGACCCAUCUUCCUAAUGUACCUCUCCAGCUCACGGUCCAAGACGGCCGAGGGGCUGGACACCAACUACAUCUCUGGCAACAAGGUGGACGGCACCAACUUCCGCCUCACCCUGCACAGAUUCCGCGAGAAGGACCAAGGCUAUUAUUUUUGCUCGUCCAUAAGCAACUCGGUUAUGUACUUCAGCAACUUCGUGCCUGUCUUCUUGCCAGCGAAGCCCACCACGCCGCCGACGACGACACCAACCACGCGGGCGCCCACCAAAGCGUCGCAGACUGUGUUUCCGCGCCUGGAGGUGUGCCGGCCCUCGGCGGGCAGCGCAGUAGACACAAAGGGGCUGAACUUCGCCUGUGAUAUCUACAUCUGGGCUCCCCUGGCCGGGACCUGCGGCAUCCUUCUCCUGUCACUGAUCAUCACGAUCAUCUGCCACCGCCGGAACCGAAAUCGUGUCUGCAAAUGUCCCAGGCCGGUGGUCAGACAGGGAGGCAAGCCCAGCCCUUCAGAGAGAUACGUCUAACAUGGCAAUGGGCCUCGUGCAGCAGCCACUACAAGACUUCAAACUGAGAACUCUCCUGACGGGGAGAGCAAGAGUCCUUCCCUUUGUUUCUCCAGCCUUCCUUCCUUAUGCACCCAUUCUCAUUAUUAUUAUUAUUUUUGUGGGGGUGGGGUGGGAAGGGUUACUGUUUCUUUAUGAGUUCACUUUAAUUGACACAAAACGAUCGUGUCUAUGGUACACCGCAAGGGUUAUAAUACCGUUGUGCUCCCAUACUGGGGUAAGGGGCGGGCAGGCCAGAGCUACCGCAAGCUGUGUUCUCAGAACCAGGCUGAGAGAGCUCAGCACCCACUCAGCCCCAACCUCUUCCCCACCCAUUUUACAAAGGAGGGGGCUGAAGCCCAGAGAUGGGGAACAGCUUGAUCAGAGUCCCAGCAGGGCUCGGGGCUUGUCCUCCACACCGUUCAGGUCUCUCCUCCGAAGGCCUCUGCUUCAGCCUGGGGAGCUGUGUCUCAGACCUCAAGAGAACACGUUUAUUUCUCGAGCACCUGUGUUAGACCCAUUACUGCACCCAGAGCCCCAAAGAGGUGAUGAAAUAAGACAAGAGAACUUAGAGUUCUAUGAUGUAGCUGAACAGGAUCAGACGUUUUCAUAAUCAAGCAUGAAAUGAUACAGAUAAUAGGAAUUCCUCAAAUAAAGUGGAAGGAGUGACCUGAAUCCUGGAAAAUAAACAACUCGACCUCUGAAGAAAAUCCAGGUGAAAUCCCAAAGUGGAGGCAAAAUGGUUCUCCCUGCUCUUGCGUUGCAGAGGGACCUGUGAAAGAGGAGAGGCCGCCCUUUGCAAACUUUAUUUAAGCAUCAGGAAAGCUGAAUGGAGGUCACCUCUCUCUAAACUUGAGAGUCCAUAUUUGAACACGCUCCUGGGAUGAUGGGUGAGUUUUUACAGUUUGUAAAGGCAGAAUUGUGACAGAGCAACUGGCACAGGCCCUGGCCUCCCCGGACCAGCAGAUGUGGGGAUGUGGCAGACAGACUCUGGUGAGGAAGCUAAGGGCCCAAACUGCAGCCCUACACAUGCGUUUCCUCUCUUUCCGUGUUGUACAAGAAAUGCAUGCUCUUUGGAAGAAAAAAAUAGAUAAGGUAAUUCUUUACCUCAGGAAUAAUCCAUUGUUAAUAUCAUGGUGUACAUUCUUUGUGAUUAUUGUCUAUGCAUAUAUAUAAAAUAUAUACUUUUAAAAAAUGGGACUGCACUGUGCUUUUAUA